CGCUUUGUGCUGAAACCGUUUCUCUAUCUAACUGCGCUGCUUAUUUGAAAAGCGAGCCCCAAUAAUCGCAGCUUCGGUUUUCACACUGGGGAACGUAUCUACCUGACAUUUAGCUACACGUGUAAUCUACCUGUGUUCUGUUUUUAUCGCUGUGAGGACCGCUGAAACGCCACUGACCGUCACUUGUCUUAUUGAGUAAUACUGGACUGGAACAAAUUGAGACUGUCAGCUCAUCCCGCCUUUGCCUGGACUGGGGAGUUUAGUGCCUGUGCCUGUUGUAGGCUGUGUGUGUUUGUUCCUCACCAGUGAUUCCUUAUGCUUGAUCGAAGCUGCACCCUGUGUCGUACAGGAUGGAUGGUGUGGACUUAAAGAGACCUGUAUAUCAACAUCAGCACUUUGUGUUCUGCUGCAGUGUUCAGUCCCUCUCCAUUUGUAAGAGAACACAUCUCGUCUUACACCUUCAGUCCCCGAAAUAUAUUUAUAAAGAUAGUCUUUGAGCAAUAAAAAGGGAGAGCUGGAGAUAGACAUUGUAAAUCUUUCUCUUUUUUUCCUUUUUGAAGCACAGCUAGAUAUUGCUUAGAUAAGCCAAAAUGGCAAGCAUGAAAAUAUCCUUAUUUUAAUUUUUCAGUUAUCGUACCUCCUUAACUCUUAGUGUGGGUGGUGGGAUGUCGGAAAAGCCAGACGACAAAAUGGUGAAGUUCCUGGCUCCCCCUCAGAAAAGUGGAAAUGGCCCUAGUUCUGGUUCAGAUUCGAUGGUUGGUGAGGGUCGGCCAGUGGAAGUGAGACGCCGGCAUCACACCAUGGAACGCGAUCGAUGUAACCCUGAACACCGUUUUCUACGUCGCAGUGUCAUCAGUGAUUCUAAUGCCACAGCUUUGGCCCUUCCUUUACCCAGCAAGAUCCCCAUCCCUACGCCUCAGCUGGUUCAGCCACAGGAAGCAGUCCUCCAGCAGCAAAAGACUGCUGGUACUUACUCACCCAAGGCUGAACCAAGUUUAUCUCAAAAUGAGAAGUCUGUGGAUGGUGGAAAAGAGGGAGAAGGAAAAGAUAUAGAAAUAGCCAGGGUGGCUGUAGUGCCUUCACAGCAAGAGCCUGCUAGAGUGCGUGACAUCUGUGAUGGAGAGGCAGUAGUAGCAGCUCACACGACACCCAGCCUGGAAACAGAAUUGCCAAGUCAAGUUGAACCUGAAAGCAGCACUGAGGUGAAGGUACAACACGAGGAAGGAGAGGAGGCAGAUAAGGACGCCAGAGCCCGAGCAGAGGCGGAGCAACGGGAAGCUGAGAAAAAAGUCCAAGAAGACAUCGAGGAGGCUGAAACCAAAGCAGUGGGCACAUCACCUGACGGACGGUUCCUGAAGUUUGACAUAGAAAUUGGACGUGGCUCUUUCAAGACAGUCUACAAGGGCUUGGACACCGAGACCACUGUGGAGGUGGCUUGGUGUGAAUUGCAGGAUCGUAAGCUUUCAAAGUCGGAACGGCAGCGUUUUAAGGAGGAGGCUGGCAUGUUAAAGGGACUACAACAUCCCAACAUUGUUCGCUUUUACGACUCCUGGGAAGGACCCUCCAAAGGCAGGAAGUGCAUUGUGUUGGUCACGGAGCUCAUGACUUCUGGCACACUCAAAACAUAUCUGAAGCGGUUCAAGGUGAUGAAAAUUAAAGUGCUGCGGAGCUGGUGUAGACAAAUCCUGAAGGGCCUCCACUUUCUUCACACUCGGGCUCCUCCAAUCAUCCACAGAGACCUUAAAUGUGACAACAUUUUCAUCACAGGCCCCACAGGGUCUGUCAAGAUUGGAGACCUGGGACUGGCCACUCUCAAACGCGCAUCCUUUGCCAAAAGUGUUAUAGGUACCCCUGAGUUCAUGGCGCCUGAGAUGUAUGAGGAGAAGUACGACGAGUCAGUGGAUGUGUAUGCCUUUGGAAUGUGCAUGCUGGAGAUGGCCACCUCAGAGUACCCUUACUCAGAGUGCCAGAAUGCUGCACAGAUCUACCGCAGAGUUACCAGCGGGGUGAAGCCAGGCAGCUUUGACAAGGUGGCCAUUCCUGAAGUGAAGGAGAUCAUCGAGGGAUGUAUUCGUCAGAACAAGGAUGAGAGGUACUCGAUCAAGGACUUGCUGAACCAUGCCUUCUUCCAGGAGGAUACAGGCGUGCGUGUGGAGCUGGCAGAAGAGGAGGAUGGAGAGAUGCAAGCUAUUAAGCUGUGGUUGAGAAUUGAGGAUGUAAAAAAACUCAAGGGGAAGUACAAAGACAACGAAGCCAUUGAGUUUUCUUUUGACCUCAUCAAAGAUGUUCCAGAGGAUGUGGCUCAGGAAAUGGUUGACUCUGGUUAUGUGUGUGAAGGUGACCACAAGACCAUUGCGAAAGCCAUAAAAGACAGAGUUUCUCUAAUCAAUCUUAAGAGGGCUCAGCGGAAGCAGGUCAGAGAAGAUCAGGAGAAGAGAAGGCUUGAAGAAGAACAGCAAUCACAGCCCCCACAGCAAACAGGCCAACAGUCUGGCAUGGAGGCGACUCAGUCACAGCCCGUUUCACAGCAUGCAUCUUACAUGCCUCCACAGCCUAACCAACACAGCUCACAGAUGUCUGUCCAACCGGCAGCUCAACAGAGCCUUCAGACGUCUAACUACAACACUCCUCAAUCGCAGGGCGUUUCUUAUAUUCCCCAGUCAACUGGGCAAAUCCCGGUACAGAAUCAGAGCUUAGCUGCUGUUCAGCCAGAGUCCGAAGAGCCCGAGAGUGACCAGCAGCUGCAGCACACUGGAGGUGCUUGGGACAUGGGAGAUAGACUAGCAGGUUCCUCUGUUGUUACUGAGGCUCAGCCCUCUCAGUCUGGAGUAUCCUACAGCUCUUCCACCAGUCAGACACAGAGUGAUCAAACGCAGCAACAGCAGCUGGCAGUGGGUGGUCAGUCUGAAGUUGUUCCUGUUCCAAAUACCAACCAGUCCGUCCCAGUGACACCUGCACAGUAUGGAGUUUACUACCAAUCAUCGCUUCCCCCUCAGAUUCCCUCCCAACAAUCGACAAUGGCCCCAUCUUCUCACCCACAGCAGCAGUCAGAGAGCACCAGUGCUCCACAGAGCUCUCUACAAUCACAGGCACAGACAGGAGCUCAGCAUUUACAGUCUUGGGCCAGUGAUCCAAGUACUCCUAUCCUGUCUCCACCACUCAACGCAGAGCACCUAUACUUCCUCUAUCAGGCCUCAUGCCUUUCUGUUGUGCAGGCUCCUGUGAGUGUUCCUCAGUCCACACCAGUGGAGCAGCCAGUGGGAUCUUCUUCCCUAGCACCACCGUCUGUAGAUAGCUGUCCGUCAGAUGCAGCUUCGGGUCUUAGUGAUGGCAAUGAUGGUUCUACAUCAGGAGGCCGCCAUGAGGGCCGCUCGCUGAAGCGGCAACAGCGGCGAUCUGUACGCAGUCGCUCUCGCCAUGAGAAGACGGCAAAGGCCAAGCUAAAUGUUCUUAGUAUCUCUAAUAUGGGAGACAGAGUAGCAGAGUGCCAGCUGGAAACACACAACAGGAAGAUGGUGACCUUCAGAUUUGAUCUUGAUGGAGAUAAUCCAGAAGAAAUUGCCCAGAUUAUGGUUGAAAGUGAGUUCAUCUUGGAGUCUGAGCGAGAAUCAUUCAUUGAGCAUAUCCGUGAGGUCAUAGAAAUGGCUGAUGAGAAAGGAGAGCGCAUGAAGGAAAGCUUUCCUCAGAUGAGCGACCUUCAACAACAACCUGAGUUGUCUGUUCCCAUGCUAGCAGGUAUUUCCCCCAGCACUACAGCCCAGGUGGUGCAUUCAGCAGGACGUAGGUUCAUCGUCAGCCCAGUGCCAGAGUCUCGACUCAGAGAGCAGUUCUUUGGAGGCGCUUCAACCAAUACCUCAGUUGGAGAAGAGCCUGCUACAGCUCCUUUGGUGUCAUUGGGCCUGUCUCUCUCUGCUCCAUCAGCAACUCUCCAGCAGGCCUUUAAUGAAGUAAAGCAGACUCGUAUUCAGAAAGGCAAAACAUUUGAUGCCUCUGCUGCUGAGCAAGAAUCAGUCACUCCCCACUCCGAGGCUGUCCCAAGCUCUAACAAUAUCACGACUUCUCUCGAGUCUGUAGCUUCCACCACAACUCCCACAUUUCCUUCUCUGAAGUCUGGUGCAGCAUCCUCGCCACCUUCGUCAGCUUCACCUGGGAGGGUUUCCCCUACACCAGUGUCUGUGCCACCCCAAACUGCUGGGAGUGACUGCAGUCCACCACCUCAGUCCUCCCAUGAAACGACCCCUUCACAGUAUCCAAUAGCUGUUAACGUCCCUCCUUCCUCUGUUUCUCCUCCAUCUACACAGCCCUCUGUCCCUGCAGUAAUUGGAUCUCAGCUGGGCAAUAGUUCUAUCUCCUCUGGCUCAUCCAGUACUACUGGAAGUGUUCCUGCACCAGAGCAGCAGCCAUUUAAUAGUGCUGUUGCAUGUUCUCAGCCAGUGAAUUCAUCCAACCAUGCACCACAGAAUACAGCCACCCAGCCCCCACUCCCCACCAACCAAAGCCAAGCCCAGCAGCAGCCAGUGGAGUCAGAAGGGGCUGAGAUUCAGACAAAGACCGCUGGCAGAGAUGACAUCCAUGCCCUUGAGCAGAAGCUGCGGUCUCUUUUUAAAGACCAGAGCUCUGCCUCCCCAGCACUGGAUUCCAGUCAGAAUGCAGGGACCUCCUCUCCUCCCACUGGGACUUCUUCCCCUCCACCCGGACCUGCCCCUGUGCCCCCUUCUAAUCUUCCCCUCACCUCUGGGGCACAAAGUGUUCUGGGCCCGACAACCACUCCAGGGCAGAUUGUAACUGUGGCAGGACAUGCCCAGACUCCUCCAACGAAGCCCAGAGCACAGACUUUACCUGGGGGUUUUGACCAAAUUUCUACAGCUUCGUCUGAUGUGCCCCCAUUUCCUGGACCAAAUCAGCAACCCCUGGAUAAUUUGGAUGCCCAGCUGAGAAGAGCUUUAAGUCCAGAGACGGUUCAGGGAGGCAAUGGUGUCAUUGUAGGACGUUUCCAAGUCUCUAUUGCUGCUGAUGGUGCAACCAGCAGUGCUCAAGAUCCAUCCAGUGUCGUUUCAUCCUCUUCCCAGACGCCGUCCUCAACAUCCUCUUCUUCUUCUUCCACCUCUUCCUCUCCCUCCAGUCCAGAAAAUACCUUUCACCGAUCAUCUCCUCUGCCUAAAGGACUCACUGAAGUUAAUGCUAUCGAUGGGGGCUCUUCUGUUUCUGAGGGUCAGCCCACCACUAUUGGGCGCUUCAUAGUGUCCACGAGCACCAGUGCGACAUCUGAGCCAACCGCUGCCACUGGCUCUAAAGUGGGACGAUUUUCAGUCACAGUGACCCCUGGUCCAGCAGCUAGCUCCAGUCCAACACAUGACUGCAGCGUGCAGAAUGGACCAUCAUCCUCAACUUCUGAUUCUCAUGUCACACAUCCACAUUAUAGUAGUGGGAAUGAUGAUGACUCGGAGACUGAUGAUGAAGCCUUGCAAAAAGAAAUCAGUCGUCUGAGGGAGAAACACAUGAUGGAAAUUCAGGCCUUGCAGGCUCGUCAGAAAGAGGAGAUAGAGGGCCUGUUCACUCGCAUGGGAAAAACUCCUCCUCCUUCUGUGCUCUCCCCUGCUGUGGCCAUGCCUGGAGGACGACGAAGGCUAAAAAGCAAAAGUCACAAAUCUGCUCGCAGUAGUGGACAGCCCAGCCCUGUACACUCAGCUCAGAGCCAAGGUUCAGAGUCCCCUCCAAAGCAAAGUUCAGCCUCAGUAACAGAGACGUCAGAAAUUGCAGCAGAGUCUGUAACACGGUCACAGCUCACAUCCUCUCCAUCCAUGCCAAGCCUCAGCAAUUGCUCCACAGGAUCAAGUGGGAUCAGCUCCACAAAUGGUUCAGGCCACUUGCAGGCUGAGUGUUCUACCCUGUCCCAGGCCACUGGAGCCCCUCCUGCUGGCUCUAACACCCAGAAGGGUAAGGGGACCUUCACUGACGACCUGCACCAACUGGUGGAUAACUGGGCCAGGGAUGCCAUCAGCCAAUCCCAGGGGAAGAGAGGCCCUAAAACUGGAGCACAGGGAGGGUUGGGACUUGAUAUCAUCCCUCCAGCCAACAUUGGCCGUAAAUUCUCAGCUCCAGGCUAUCUUGGCCCACCACAUUCCAACACCACGUCCACUCACCUCCCCAACCCAACCAAUCCCUCUGCUUCUUUGGGGCCUCGCAAAGGCUCCCUGGGUCCAGUUCCCCAGGGGUACGGAUAUACUUCAGUCUCGUACAGUGCUCCUCAGUGGGCAGGACCCACACCAACAUGCCAGAUGGUUAACCCGGGACAGCCACUAACACAGUACCAGCCAUCUACAGCAACUCCAGUGUCUCUGCACCAAGGUUACCAAGUGGGAACUACAUCAGCCCCCCAGAAAUCAGUCAACCCUGGAGGGUCCAACCUGAGGCCUACGUAACCCAGUCUGAGCCCUGAUUGAGGCUGAGAUGAAGGGCCACACAGGGCAGAGGGGACCAGACAGUCGUAGACUGAGAUCACAGCCUCUCUUUGUGGCUUACUGGCUAACUGGCUUGGUAUUGUGCAUUUUAUUUUUAACUUUUAUCAUUGUGUAUUUUUUUUUUCUUUAAUAGCUGACCUGUGUGGUUCAAGUCCUCUCAGGCAGAACAAAGUCUGUCUGGCAAUUGGAGGGAAAGUGCAAUACACACCCACAGCACAAAAAGUCUCACACUUAUCCUGCCAUUAGCUGUGGAAACGAGCUGUGACGUAUUGGCCCAAAGGCACAACGAACAGCAGCCAAAGAUGUUGCUGGAGAGCCGAUCUUUGAAGGGGAGAAGUUGGUGAGGGAUUGUGGUUCAUAUCCUUAUUUGUAUGGACUUUAAGCUGAGCUGGGACUCAAGAUUGUUCCAGUAGUCCAACACAGAAAUCUGUGUGCACACAGAUACAUCGAACUGGUUGGGAUUGGUUUGGAGGGUAGGUUAAGUUGUCUGUUAAGGAGGAGGAGAGAAUGUGAGUGUACAGAGAGUGGGAUAGUUGGUUUGUCCCUGAUGGAUAAGUACUGUGAAUGAUGCUUAGGAGAAGAAAGACUUGGAAAGUUAGGAGUGUGAUGGAGAUUAGCAGUAUGAAUACAUCCCAAUAAAAAUGCAAUAAUAGCAAAAUCGACAAACUGCCCCUUGUAACUGUGGCCUUAAUCUAAAAGAAAUACAUUGAAACACAUUGGCUUUGUACAUAGACAUUUCUUCACUGGGUUAUGAUUCCAUGUUAAACAUAUUUAUGUCUCUGUGAAAGUCUGGUGUCGUGUGACUCGAGUUGUCUAUCAUACAGAUUUCUUAUACUGAUUUAUUCAUGCGAGUGGAUCUGCGAGAUAAUAACACGUGGUCCUGAUGUUUACCACCGUUCAGAGAAUUGAAGAGGUGAUGCUGCUGUAGAUCACAAUCUGAGUAUUAGGUGUUAGCAGGGUGACCCCCCCCCCUUUUUUUUUUUUUUGGUAAGGGACACAUUAAACCACUUCACUUAGUGCUUAGCUGUGAGAUGUGCAGUUCAGAAUCUGCUUAUCCUAUCAUACACAGUAAGAGUUUUGUCAGGAUAGUAUUUGAGGAGGGUUUCAUACUCUUGAGGGGAGCGAGACCACUUCUUGAUCCAUUUUUCUUUUCUUAGAUGGUGCACAGUACAUGUAUAAACAGCUUGUUACUGAACUCAUACGUCCCAAAAUAUUUUUACCCAUAACAUCUAGCUGUGGCCUCUGAAAUCACAAGUGUCUGGGGUUCUCUCUUUCUGUGGUCUGUUUUUUGUAUGCGUAUAUUUAAUAAACAACAACGUUCUUUAUGGACUUGUAUUCAGCCAUCAGAUUUUGAUGUUGUUUCACUGUAAUUAUUAUUAAAGGUUGUUAAACAACAUGUAAAGGAAUAUUAAAAAAAAGUGCAAUUGCAGGGUUGUUAUUGGUAUCAUACUCACCAUGCAGGAAUAAUCCUGCAGUUUAUUAAGCUUGUCUCUUUAUGACUGCCCUGCCCCCUCCUUUUUUUUUUUUUUUUGGCUUUUUUUUUUCUUAUUGUAAAUAUAAUUGUGAGGUAAAUGCUUUGUUUGCUCUCACUAGAGUAUGUUCGUUGUGACCCAUUCUAAAUGCACAUGCACUCUAACCUGUAAACAUGAGGAACACUUUAGUGCCUUGCAUCCUCACUAAUGAGAAGUUCCAGAUCCAUCCAGUCCUGUAGCUGUGACUGUAUUACAGAAAACCAGUUUACUAAACCAGUAUACAGUUUAAACACCACCAGAUGCAGCCAGCUCAGAGCAUGCAAAACUGAGGUAGGUGCCGCACGCAGGACAAAGAGCACACUGAGUAAAGUGGACAGUUUCUUUCCUCUCUACAGUUACCUUUGUGUUGGUUGUUCGAUCAGCUGUGUAUUUGUAUUUGGCACACGUGUACGUGGGUUUGGCCGGUAUUUGUUUUUCCAGAUUUAUCAUUAAACCUUUUCAUAGAAGAACUUGUUUGGGCAGCGAGCGGGCUGCGCAAAGGUUUAAAAUGCUGUUGCGCUAACCCAACUUCUAUCUCACCACCUCACGAGUGCCAUGCUGUCAUCGUGAUUUUUGGUUUUUUUGCCUGCUUGUAGAUUGAAUGAAUAGUUGAACUUCUCUAGAGAAAAAAAUAAGUUACUGCAAUGCAGAAUAUGCAAUGUUCAAAGUUUUGUAGGGACUGAGGGGUAUUGGACAUAUUUGCAUGCUGAUGAGGGUUGUUACGGAUUUCAAUGUUUUUGAUAUUGGAUUAUUUGUUUUGUUUUUUUAUUAUUUGCCUUUUUAUGAGUGUUGAUCUGCUCAAUUGCUAUUCAUUAAUAUCACAGGCACAACUUCAGUAUGAGACUAUCAGCGUAUGAGUUCUGCAUGCCGGCUUUACUGGUGUUUAAUCUUACAAAUGGCAGCCAGUGCACCACUGUACAGCACAAGCUCCCCACAAGAAGUUAACAUCCAUAUGCUACUCUGCUAUAUCAGUAAUUAUCACAGAUCUCUACAGUACCGUUUGAGCCUACUGACACGCAGUUAUACUCUUAUUUCUGAUCCCUCCUUACUGACUUCCUGUGAUCCAGUGUCUGUUUUGUGUAUGUUUUUCACAUUGUACAAAACUUAAAAAAAAAUAAAAGAUAAAUCAGGUAAAAGGCACGUUUGUGUGUUUGUCAAAAAUUAGAUCAUGGUUAUUUUUUGUUAUGUAGAGGUUUG